GUGGAUUGGGUGAAGGGAAUAAUAAUACAAAUACCUACUGCUGCUGGCUGGCGCGGUAGGUGGUGUUGAUCUUAUGACCUGCGGUUUGGUUUCAAUGACCUCAUACUUUUUUGGUUAGUGUAAAAGCUUCUAUAUCUUUACUUCUAGCUGCUGCUGCAUGGGCUUGUAGUUGGGGACGAACCUCUUCUUGUUUUUUAUUUUUUAUUUUUUUUAUUUUAGGAUUCUAGGAAAAAGGAAAGGGACCCUUACCACCAACAGCCAACCAUCCAAUCUUGUGUUUCUCCACACUUGUUAACUCGAUCCCUCCUCCGCCCGUCCCCCCGGCUCCAGGCCCAACAACCUCCCCACCCUAACACCGCUUCCUUUUUAUUUUAAUUUUACUUUAUCUCUCGAUGCAUUUCAAGCGGCUUUCGAGAGGACAUUCUCUCCGCAAACCAGAGACGUCCGCCACUGCCUCUUCCGCCUCCGCUCAGCAGCAACCGGACAAGUUACAGACUACCACAGCACCAGCAGAGAGUAGUGUUAUUCGGGAAGAACCAGCGACAAUGUCCACUGUUACUUCGCCUGUUGAGCCCUCGAGGCAGAGCACGCUUGCGAGCAACCUUAGUGACGAGGCUGUUCCUGAGCACGAUCCCAACACCACGGCCGGCCUCCUUGCGCAGAGGUUGCAGGCAUGGAAGCAUGCUGUCGGUUACCUCGAGGAGUACGUCGAGGCGGUCGAGAAGGUGCACAAGAACUCGUCCAAGGAGUAUGAGAGGGUUUUGAAGACCAUCUCCAAACCCCUCCGCGAAGGCGAGCACUUUGAUCAAUCACUCGGCGGCGUCGCCGGCUUCUUUGAAAACAUGCGCGUCAACACCCAAGCCCUGAUCAACACCAACGCCGAGACGGAGAAAUCCAUCAAGGGCUCCGUCCUGCCCGUGCUCGAGCGCCUCCACAAGGAAAUCAAGCACAAGGCCAAGGAGCUCGCCCACGGCGCGGAAAAGGGCGCCAAGGAAGUCGAAAAGGCGCGCAACACGACCCAGAAGCACAUUGAGCUCCUGGGCCAGCACACGGCUGCUUUUGAGUCUAGCGGGGCCAAGCACCACCCUAACGACGACCCGUAUGUCAUCCAACGGGGCGUGCUGCACAGGCUGAACAAGCAGGUCCAGGAGGAGAACAAUCAGCGUAACGAUCUGAUUGCUGUGCAGGCGAACUUUCAGGAGUUUGAGGCGCACGUCAUCGGGACGGUGCAGCAGGCCAUGGAGGCGUUUAACAGCUUUGUUGGGGGGCAGGCGCUAAAAGUGCAAGCGCUGUAUGCGGACAUGCUUGGUUCUGCCCAGAGGAUCCCGCCCGAUUUUGAGUGGAAGGGGUUUGUCAAGAGGUCGGGGGAUAAGCUGGUUGAUCCGGCGGAGGGGCCUAGGACAGUGGAGGCGAUUCAGUUCCCGAAUCAGAAUCAUGCUUCGACCAAGGCGCUGAUUGAGGGAAGCUUGGAAAGGAAGAGUAGGAAUAAGCUCAGCUGGGGGUAUUCGACGGGUUACUAUGUGGUUACCCCGGCCAAGUUCUUGCACGAGUUCAAAGAUGAUGAUAACUACAGGAAGGACCCGACGCCGGAGUUGAGUAUUUACUUGCCGGAUGCGAUUAUUGGUUUGCCGGCCGGGGAGAAGUUUAACGUCAAAGGGAAGGACAAGAGUGGUGGGUUGGGGGGCAAGUUGUCGGGGAGCAGCGAGUUGAGCUUCAAGGCGCACAGUCCGGCCGAGGCGAUGAAGUGGUUUGAGGUUAUCAAGAAGGUGGCGGGGGCUACGCCGGGGAGCCCGACGGUGCCGAGUCCGGCGGAAGAGGUGAAGGUCAAUCCGGUCGAGGCGGCGGCUGCGCCCGCGACGCAGGGGGUUACUGGUGCGGAGGAGAAGCCGAAACCGGUUGUGGCUGUUCCCGAGGUGAGCACCUCGGCGGCGGCGGAUGCUAAGGCUCAGGAGGCGGGGGUUGCGCCUGCUGCUGCUGCUCCUGCUGCUGCACCUGCGGCGGCGGAUGAGAAGGCUGCCGUGAAGGCUUAGGGAGAUCUUCAGGGUGGUGGUUCUGUUGAGAGGAGGGUGGCUGGGAGUUGGGUUGAUGGAGUUGGGGAGGAGGGAGUUUGGAGCGUGGAGGGGUAUGAGGAUGAGGAGGGGUAUACCAUGUUCUCGAGGGAGUGAUGUUUGUUCCUGGGCGGGAGAUUGUCAUUGUUGCUUGCUGUUUUUGUUUCAUGAGUUGAGAGAAGCCUAAUAAUACCCUGAGUUUUGUUGUUG